GAGCAAAGUAAAAGAGAGAUGGGCGGAAACAGGGAGGUAGAAGGUUUGCAGAUAGGAGGAAGAUCCGGGGGUGGUUACAGGAGCGGAAGAAAAGCAAAGUGAUUCAGGCGCGCGUGCGCGGCAUGUGCGCCAUUCCCGCCCGGCCCGCGGUGGGCGCAGGGCGGGUGUAGGCCCAGCCCGCACUAGGACAAAACGACAGGAGUAGAAGAGAGGCUGCGCGCUGGCCAAGGCCGCCCAGCCGGCCCGGACAGACCGGCGGUAUUUUGGGUGCUGUCCGCCUUCCCACGGAGCGCCUGACCCCUCCACAAUGGCAUAAGAAUUGCUAACAUCGCCCUUCUCCAGAUCCCAGCCGAGGUGUGAGGGGUGUGACGAAAGAACAACCCCGACAGGUAGCGAGCGCCCCGUCACCGGGAGAAACCAAGCAGGGCCGCCAUGGAUGAAAAUCAGUACUCAGCUUCUGCACAAAACUCCGCUCCCGCUGGAGCUGGCAGCCCGAUGGCGUCGGAGGCCGAGCGGAACGGGAACUCGGAGCGCGCGGACUCGGGCAGGAUGAACCCUCCGAGCCGGGGAGAGGGGAGGGGUGGGAGCCCGCAAAGGCGCCAGGGCAGAGCUCUGGGAAGCCCGGGGCGCGAGGCUGGGACGGGCGCCGGCCCAGCGCUUGAGGCUCCAGUCCCCGAGGAAUUCUUCGAGUUUCCCAGGAAGAGGUGCUGCCGGCGGGGGCUGCAGCUGGUGCUGUUGGGGCUGCUGACAGUGGCGCUCUGGGCCGGGCUGCUGACCCUGCUUCUUCUGUGGCGUGAGGACACCCCCAGCCCCACACGCCCCCGCACGUCUGCCCUUCUCCUCCCCACCCCCCACCCCUAUCUCAGUCCUGGGGAGCUCAUUUCCCCAUUGUUCCCACCUUGGCGGAUCCUGCCAGCCCCUUCCCUGCCAUCCCCGACCCCACCUUGGGUUCCCCGAAAAACCCUCAUCCCCGGCGACAGGUGGGACAUGGGUGGGUGGGGAUGCCCACCCCCUCUCCUCCUUCCCGGCCCUCCCUCUUCCCCAGACUGGGACACCUUGAAGAACGUUAAACAGCUGGAAGUCGCCGCUGCGCAGAAUGUCUCUCGAAUCGCCAAGGAGCUGCACAGACACCAGAGUGACCGGACGGCCCAGAAAUCCCAGGCAGCACUGAUGUCCCAGACUGUGCACGAACUCCAAGCCGAACAGAAGCAGCUGAAAUCUCAGGGCUCCGAGCUCUCCUCGACUCUGGACAGGCUUCAAGAGGAUCUGAGCAGUGUCAAGUCCCAAAACUUGAACGAGAAGCACACAGCCUUAGACUCGCUGGGAAGACUGAAGGAAGAGGUGGCGAAGCUGUGGAUGGAGAUACAGGCGUCUAAGGGCUCUGCGUGCAACACGUGCCCCGAGCAGUGGGUCAAUUUCCAGCAGAAGUGCUACUACUUUGGAAAGGGCCCCAAGCAGUGGAUCCAGGCCCGGUUCUCCUGCGAAGACCUGGAAGGGCGGCUGGUCAGCAUCCACAGCCAGGAGGAGCAGGACUUCCUGACCAAACACGCCAACAAGGAGGACUCCUGGAUUGGCCUCCGGGACCUGGAUAUAGAGGGGGAGUUUAUCUGGACGGACGGGAGACCCGUGGACUACAGCAACUGGCAGCCGGGGGAGCCCAACAACGCGGACCAGGGCGAGCACUGCGUGAUGAUGCUGGGCUCAGGGGGCUGGAACGACGCUUUCUGCCGCAGCCAGCUGGACGCCUGGGUGUGCGAGCAGCUGGCCGCAUGCGGGUCAGCCCCCCCCUCAGACCCCACGGACGACUCGGUGGACGCUGGCUCAGCCUCACUCUGAUCCCUCCCCGCUGACUCCAGGAACAGCCAGGUCGAGCCAGGCCCUGGAGGCCCCCAGCCACAGCUCAGACACCAGUGUGGCUCACAGGGCCCCCGUGGAGACAGCUGACCCUCCCCGCUUCCACCAGUGUCCCCCGGCCCUUGCUCUUCCGCCCAGCUGUCUGUCGUCACCUUCUUGCCUGCAAAAGCCCAGCAUCCUGGUCCAGAACCAUCCCCGCCGGAGCUCCUUGCCCACUGGGGUGUGGGCUGCCAGGCCAGCUAUCCGGGGGGCUGUGCAGAACAUGGACCUCUCACCGAGGGCCCUGCCUCCUCAGAAGGGUCCCCUCCACAGCACCACAGGACAUAGACCCCACGCCAGCUCAGGCGGCGAGCCCCCUGGCCACCCGCACCAGUGAAACGGGACAGUGGGGUCCCCCUCCCCGAGUCCCUGAGUGAGUACCGGCUGGGUCUGAUCUCACAGUGUGGCAAGUGGAGCUGGGAAUUCCAGAGGCUUGCAUCUGAGAGCACCCCACCCCCAGGCUAACUUUUGAAAGUCCACAGCAACUGAAGUGGAAUUCAUGCCUUCUCCACCUUGUUUAUUUUUUCCUGUUAUAAGAAUGUACUAGGUGGGCAUGGUGGCACACACCUGUAAUCCCAGCACUCAGG